AUGGCAACAAACUCUCUUGCUAUACCUUCCACCGAUGGCGUCACUUCAAAUACUUCUUCACUACAAGUAACAAAUCGAAGUCAUUCUACAACGCUUUCUUCAACAAACAAUUCACUACCAUCUGUUGGAAUUACACGGCGACACUCUAUCUACGGAACUGGUGAAGAUAGAAUUGUGUUGGAUAUUGGAAGUCUUUAUAUUAAAGCUGGGUUUAGUGGUGAAUCGAGACCAAGGCAUAUAGUACCUGUUUAUGCAGGUAAUAUGAAAACACACUGGGACCAAGAUUUUAAUGGCAGUGGUGGAGUAAUAAAAGCUUGCGGAGAAGGGUGUAGAAUAGUUGGCGAGUUUGCAGAAUUAUUUGAUCUAGAGAUUGAGAAACAUCCUGAUGGAAUUGACACUUUGUAUGAUCGACUGGCACAUUAUCUUCGAGAAAUUUAUUUUAGAUAUUUAUUAACAGAUCCAAAACAACGUAAGGUUGUAUUGUGUGAAUCACCCAUGAUGCCAUUAAAAUUAAAACAAUUGAUUACCAAAGUACUUUUUGAAAAUUUGCAGGUUCCAUCUAUUUCUUUUGCUCCUUCUCAUAUGUUGGCAUUAUUAACAACUGGCUGUACAACAGGAUUAGUGAUUGAUGUUGGUCAUUUAGAAACAACAGUGUUACCGACAUUCUCAGCUCGCCCGUUAACUCCUUUUAUUAAAACAACACCAUUAGCAGGCCGUGCAUUAACAAAAAGACUUAAAGAUCUAUUAUCAACCUAUGGUAGUAUGAUUAUUCCACCAUCAACCAGCCUAGUACCAGUUCAUGGCAAAUAUUUGACACAUGCUGUCUUGGAGGAUAUAAAAACUCGGUUUAUUUUUGUCAGUCCAAUUAUGGUAUCUGCGUCAUCAAUUGGUAUAGCCGAGAAGACAGAUGUUGAGGAUAUGGAACGUAAAUAUGCUUCAGUUAGUUCGUCAACUGAAAUUUUGUAUCCUAUUACUAUCAGUAAAAAUGGUAGAGAGCGACAAAUUGGAACUCUGGUGGUUCCUGGAUGGAUUAGAGAACGGUGUGCUGAAGUUUUAUUUGAAGGUGAUGAAGACGAGUCUAGUGUGGUUGGAUGUGCACUUGAAUGUUUAUUAAAGACACCAAUAUAUUUGAGAAAAGAACUCGCAUCUUCUAUCCUUCUUAUUGGUGGCACGGCAUUACUUCCAAACUUUCAAUCAAGAUUUGCACAAGAAAUUCUCCGUGCUUUACACACGGAUAAAAGGUUUUCUUCUUUAAGUGGAUUGGUUGAUCAUAUUGAUUUUUUGGAAGAUAACGGUAGUGGAAAAGUUUUUGUUUCAAAUUGUCGAGCAUGGUUAUAG